GUGUCAUGGCUCGCACGAAGCAGACAGCCCGCAAGUCGACCGGCGGCAAGGCCCCGCGCAAGCAGCUGGCCACCAAGGCGGCCCGCAAGAGCGCGCCGGCCACCGGCGGCGUCAAGAAGCCGCACCGCUACCGGCCCGGCACGGUGGCCCUGCGCGAGAUCCGGCGCUACCAGAAGUCCACCGAGCUGCUGAUCCGCAAGCUGCCGUUCCAGCGGCUGGUGCGCGAGAUCGCGCAGGACUUCAAGACCGACCUGCGCUUCCAGAGCUCGGCCGUCAUGGCCCUGCAGGAGGCGUGCGAGGCCUACCUGGUGGGGCUCUUCGAGGACACCAACCUGUGCGCCAUCCACGCCAAGCGCGUCACCAUCAUGCCCAAGGACAUCCAGCUGGCGCGCCGCAUUCGCGGGGAGAGGGCGUAAUACACUACGGUCUUUUUUUCCUUGAAACUUCAACCAAAGGCUCUUUUCAGAGCCACCCACUUUUUCAAGCAAAGUGGCUGUAAAACUAAUACUCCAGAGUUUAAUAUGACUAGCUAUGCACUUAGAAACGAAGGGAUAUGGAUUAGCAACACUUUUAAUGGGCCACAAAUGCUUACUUUUGUCUAAAUGUUCCCUGCAUAUGCGAACAAAACUGGCCCUUUAAGAGGUUAGGAGGUACUGCUAACUUAGGUCCUAAGGAAGAGUCGGCGUUUCAAGAGGGGCAUGAAACAGGUGGCAUUUGAAGGGCAUUAAGUAGGGCCUCCUCUGAGCAUCAGUUGUAAAACGAACAGGA